CGUCACCGGCGCUAUAAAUGGCCGGGAUGCUGACGUGUGCGCCCUUGAAGCCGGGACGCGCGGGGGUUAUAGUGAGGGCGCCCAGUGUUCGCAUUAAGCCAUAUCACAGCAAUACAAUAACCUGACACCCGCCCCCCUCUCUGCUUCCAUAACCAUGGCCGGCUACCUGAGAGCUGUCAGCUCCGUCUGCAAAACCUCCGCCGCCGCCUUCAGCAGGAACCCCGGGGUCCUGGGACCGGCCCUCAGCCAGCAAGUGCAGCAACAGCGAAACUGUGAGUGUGCCCCCUCUGCCAGCCCCCCCGGUGGGCAGCUCGCCCUCUGCCAGCCCCCCCGGUGGGCAGCUCGCCCUCUGCCAGCCCCCCCGGUGGGCAGCUCGCCCUCUGCCAGCCCCCCCGGUGGGCAGCUCGCCCUCUGCCAGCCCCCCCAGCUCGCCCCCUGCCAGCCCCCCCGGUGGGCAGCUCGCCCUCUGCCAGCACCCCUCACUCUGCGGGUAUUGGGUAUUGAGGCCAAAGCAUUGCCCUGUGCAUUCUCCUCUGCCGCCCCUUCCUGGGCACCCCUAGGCAGUUGCCUUGUCCCAGCAGUCCUGGACCUCCAGGUUUAGGACCAUCUGCUCGCUGACUUCAUGCACUGCUCAAUGUGCAUCCUAAGGGUCACUAUCUUUUGUACUGCGCUGCAGAGUAUGUAGGCGCAUUGUGAAUGACUGAGCAAGCCAGCCUCCAGUGAGUGAUUGGAGUAUCCUAUCUAUGGGCAGCUAAACUAAAUGGUAUCUUUACUGGAAUCUUUAAACGCUGCCCAUAUUAUUCUGUGACUGGCUGUGUGAAUGGGGAUUCCCUUGACAAAAACCUAUUGUCCUGGCCGGCCGGCCGGCCUGUGAAUGGCUUCCCUGCUUUUCAUUCAUUGGAAUGCUGCCUGGCCUUUUAACUGGAGAUACUUUGUAACUGGUGUGAAAGAGCGAAACUAGUGGCCUGAGGUCAUGGAGUAGUGGAUUGACCUCUAUUGCUUGUGAUACCCAGGGUGUUCUAGCACUGGCUUUGCUCUACACAGUGAAGUAAAGAUAGCUCUGCAUGUAUAGACUCCUCCUAUUUGGGGGAUGGUAUAAAGGGUCCAUGAGCUGCUAGUGGGAAAUAACGUAGACUGCCUGCUGCAGGUCAGCCAUCUGCUUCCUUACAUGGUCCUAGCCGCCUCCAUGCACUUCUCACUACACAGGGUAAAUGCAGUGUUAUUUCAGUGUCUGAAUUGGCAAGAAUGCUACAUGCAACUGUACCUGCAUUGAGAUGUGGCAGCCUCAAUGAGCUUAGUCUUUAGCUGUAUAUCUAUAUAGCCCCUGGUGUCUUUGCAAGAUGUAUAAAAAUUAAUUUAACAAGCUACUACUCUUCAAAUCACCAAAAUCUAAAUUCUCCAUGUAGACAAUAGACUUUUUUUGUCAUGGCUAACAAUGUCCUUGGACCACAUAGCUGCAAGACUGAGUAAAGCUUUGUAAUGUUAUCACCAUCUUUCCUCUAAUACAUAAAAUCCAAUUUCCCUAUGGAUUGCUGUAGUGUUCCUCCUAUUGAGGUAUAAUUUUCAGCUGUUUGGUCUGCAUUUUAAUGUAGUACUAAUUGACAGUGUAACGUCUGCUUAAUGGCAGAACAUAUUCAGAAGGCCCAUACUUGAAUAGCUCAAACAUUUGAUAGUUCUAAGAUUAUCACCUAAACAGAACACUAUAAGGAAUAAAAAAAGCAAAAAAAUUUCAGCAUUUAGGCUAAAAUAGCAUGCCUUUACUUUACUAUUCCCAUUUGGCUACUGUAGCACACAUUUUAAAAUAGUUUGUUCACUGGAACUCUUGUGUGAAUAAACACAAAUGGAAAACUUAUGGAAACCCUUUAUAUCAUGUGCAUUAAUAAAGCAAUAAAAUAUUCAACGCUGCUCUAAAAUCAGGGAUAGUGGCUAAGCUGUAUGGACACUCCAGUACAAAAGCAAUAAAGGGCCCUGCCCGUGAGAUAAUCUAUUUCCAGCUUUCUUACACAAAUGACCUGUGAGCUUAUGAUUCUUAAUUUCAGAGAAUGUCCUGUUGUGAUUUGGUUGGUGUCCCUUCAUGCAAGGUCACUUAUGUCGGACCUAGCAUGGGGCCUUUAAUACCUAGGUAGGAGUUCAGUAUAUCAUGUUUACUUACAUGAUCUCUAGCUACUGUAGUUGAAUCUAGUUGACAUCAGUGUUUGCAUAUCAGCGUGACCAACCAGUUAAAACUACUGAAACUUUUCGGUUUCCGCCACUGGAUUGCUUUGACCUUCAGGGCUGUGCUGACCACAAAAGGCCUAGCAGUUUGUAAAAUAGCAGUGUUAUCAGUGCACAGGUGCAGAUAGCUGCAACAUGGGCUGUGGGAAGAAAAAUAUGGUAACUUAUUCCAACUGUCCAGUUUAAUGUUGCAUAUAGCUUUUUUUUUUCCUCCCCUUGAAUGUGCUGCAAAUCGCACGUCCCUUGAAUCUAAAGUAUUUUGUAAAUGGUAACAAAACAACGAACAAAGCAUGCUGACCGCAUAGACUGAAGAUAAUUAUGAUACAAACAUUGCUAGUGUAUUUCCACAGUUGCAACGAAGUAAUCUUGAUCAUGCUGUUUAGUGGGGUGUAAAUAACCUUGAGAAAUAGUUAAAGGGACACUAUAACAACUUUAGUUUAAUUAAGCAGUUUUGGUGUAUAGAACAUGCCCUUGCAAUCUCUGCUCAAUUCAUUACCUUUUAUGAGUUAAAUCUGUUUAUGUAGUUCUAGUCACACCUCCCUGCGUGUGACUGUCUUUCUAAACACUUCCUGAAAAGUCUAAUGUUUAAAUUGCCUUUGUUGCAAAUUCUGUUUAAUUGAGUGUUUUAUCUCCUGCUCUGUUAAUAGCUUGGUAGGUCAUACAGGAGCCUCUUGUAUGUGUUUAAAGUUCAUUUUACAGAGCAGAAGAUAAAAACUUGAUUGAAAAUGAAACCAUUUUGUUUUCAUACAGGCUGUCACAGACUGGAGGUGUGGCUAGGGCUGCAUAAACAGAAGCAAAAGUAAUUUAACUCUUAAAUGGCGGAGAAGUGAGCAGCAAGGUUGCAGGUGUAUAAUCUAUACACCAAAACUGCUUCAUUAAACUAAAGUUGUUUUGAUGACUAGUGUUACUUUAAAGAACAGUGUUUAAUGCAAAGAAUCAGCCUUUAUAAAUACAAUAACCACAGGGAUGAGAACCCUCACUGACCUUUUAGGGGAAUUGCCCCAGACCUUCAUCAGACUUUUUAAAUACCACCAGCUGGCAACAUUUAUAAAAACACUACCACAAGGACAAGCACUGAAACACACGCCCACACAAUUUGAACAGACAUGCAUUGAUCCAGAGCUGCUCCUGCAUUGCGUGUCCUUCCUAUACUCCAUGCUACAAAUGCUUAUUCCACUCGAACCACUGAAAUUUAUGGGGAAAUGGGAGAUGUCUCUGAACCAUAGGUUCAGAAAAGGGGAUUGGGAGAAAAUAUGCUACUUAAAGCAGAAUUUAUGUUUAUAGUAAAACUCUAGAGACUGCUUACAAAUUGUUUACUAACUGGUACCGUACUCCUGACAUUUUACGCAAAAACCAGCCCACCCUGCACAAUGCUGGAGAUGCGGUGGGGACGGCCCUGCCUAUAUCGUGGGAAUGCAACAAGAUUCAGCUGUUCUGGAAGGGUAUCAACAUGUUAAAAUAAUUCAUGGACAAGUUGCCCCUUCAACCCUGCUGUGAUGCUUUUACAUCACAUGACAACACAGAGCACCAGAUACAAAAAGAUGAUCACAAUAAGAAUCCUAAACUUAGCCAAACAGAUCAUUCCCUAAUACUGGCAAAAUCAGGAAGCCUUCAUGUUGACUGCCUGAUUCUCACAGAUGGAGGAACGGAGGGCCAUAGAUGACUUGCACAUUGUCAGAUAACACAAAUACAUGGACAUUUGGGCACAUUGGCUGCUGACAUGGCAAAAACAGAUUUUGCCAGCAAACUCAGUCCCUAGGACAGCAUCACACACUAAGUCACCUCAUGGUAGCCAAUAUAUAUAUAUAUAUAGCGUACCCCCUUCAUCUCUCCCUCUUUCCCCUUUUGCCCCCUCUUCUAUCCUUUAUCACCACUCUCGUACAUGGUCAUACCCUUAACUAUGAGACUGUCUUAAGACUGACUCGGAGAACUAACUUGGGACAAACACAUGGGUUCUUCAUACUGUUACGUACAUGUUUCUACUCAAAGGGAUCUGCAAGUCCAAUACCUCUUUUGUGACCUGAUAUAACUGACCUGCACGUCUGUCAAAUCAAUGUUUAUCAUGCUCAAAUGAGACCUGAGAGUCUCUCCAGUCUUAAUUACAUUCUCCUACCUAGAAAUCGUAUGGUAGGGACCUUUUUUUACGAGGCUUGAUGCUGGCACAUGCUUUCCAUAGCACGUUGAAAUCAAUACAUUUCCAAAUAUACAAUAAACCUUACGUAAAGGAGACUGAUUCCUGUUGUCUAUUUUCCUAGCUGGACAAAUUCUACUGGGUGUUUUCCAAGACACUAGGAAUGGCUGAGACCACUCAGCCAUUCAUGGCCCUUGCAUUGUUUUAGGUGGAAGUACUGUGAUCCUGUAAUUGUAAGUGCAGUAGAAUGCUAAACAUAUCAGUAGAAAAGGCAAAUGCUCUGAUUUAAUAGCAAAAAUACUCGCUUAGCAUUUCUGAUCAAUGAUGGGCACACUUGUCCAUAUAUAGUCUACUCUCCCACAGUAAAGCUGAGGAAAGACUUUUCUAGCAUCUCUAAUAGAUAGGACAAGAGGUAGUAAAGAUUUCUUUGCAUUUUCUGCAUGUGACACUUUUGCUUGAUUCUUAAAUGCAUUCCUCAGUGACUGGAAUAUCCUCUUUAAGUUGUAAGAAAUCUAAUACCUUGGCUGUUGGAACGAUAGCUCAUUUGUCUAUUGUGUUAGCAUUUUGCUCAAUAUUACCAUGGUUACUGCCAAUAUCAACAAAGCAGCAGCCAAGCACAGACUGUACCUUUCACUGCCUAGACUAAUGCACUUUAUAAAACACAGCAAAUAUGGAUGCCCUGAUUCUGGUGACUAAGCAGUAGCAACCAUGUCUUGCUAUUCUUGCAGUAGAAUGCAGUGCUUAUUGGUGAUUAUCAAUCCUUCCACUGUGGGCAGCACAUGUUUUAUAUAGGAGUCUUAUUUGAACAGAUCCAUUAAAUGUUAGUAUGUUUGAAUUCAAUUAAGAAAAUUAAGUAUUAAAGGGCAGCUGUUAUGCCCAUUAGAUUGAGCAUUAAAUUUAAUCUACACGUUGUGCUAAUGUGUAGAUUAGGAGAAACUGCUCUAGAUAUUUCUCACCAAGUGGUCAGUUGAAAUUUAAAAACGAUAAGUAUGGUGAAGGGAUAAAGGAUUAGAAGCAUAGUGUAAGGAAUACAUGUUUGUACUCCUAACACUAGUGUUCCUUUAAGUGUGCUGUUUAGGCCCUAUUUUAUAAGGUGUAACUUCUAUUUUUAAUUUUUUUCAAGCAAUGCACAGGUAUUGUUGCAGUUGACUUCCCUGGCUCAGAUUAUAUAAUUUAAAGAAAGCUUUGGGGGACUAUUGUGCAUGCCUGACAAAAUGACGUGCUGUGCCAGUCUGCAUCUCGGAUGCAUUGAAUCAAUGCAUCUGAGGAGCAUUUGGCAUGGAGACACUGAAUUUCAGUGCUGCACAUUGCAUCUAUGCACAGCUGUUAACUGAACUACAACUCAGUUUCCUGUUCUUACAGGUGGCACAGGCAGCUGUCCAACUGGAGAAAUGGCAGUUUGCAAGAGUUUUUGUAUUCUUGAAAAUGUGUUGCAGCAUUUUGCAUCUUGAAUCAGCCCUUUCUGUUCCUGCUUCCUCCAUUUUUUAAAUCCUCUUUAGGAUAGUGGUUAUAAAGUGUAUAAUGGUGUCUGAAGCAGCCAUUGAAAACCUUGAAUACGUAUUAGAUCCUAGUAGACUAGUCUAGUGCAAUAAAAUGUUUCCUGUGUAGUUAGUUAUUGUCAUGAAAAUCUGUAGAAAAUUUUAAAAAGUGCUUUCUAACAUGUCUUGGACAGAUGCCAAAUCUGAUAGAUUGGAAUAUGUGGAAUGCAGUUUAACUGCAGGAUACAACCUAACAUCUUUAACAAAUGUAUAUAGAGGAACAGGCUGAGACCAGGACAUUCUAGAACACUCCGCUAUUAACAUCAAAAACCAGCAAGAUACUAGCUUCAUCUCAAGAACUAUAGUCAGACUUCACACAGAUUAAUAAAAACAAGGUUUGAGUCUAACUUUCACCUUAAAGCAACAUACCGCCACCACUGCUUUGUUUCAAGAGGCAUAAAGCAAGCUUUCUAAAAUGUCUGGACAGUGUAAUGGAAAAGUGACUAGAAUGGAAUUUCAAGACCCCAUGUCACAAUCACAGAAAUGAGACCUGGCGGUGUCAAGAGCAGAGUGUAGAGGGGUUGCUGAAGAAUAACACACCAAUACAAUAUUAACUGGCCAAUUUUGACAUAGUUUAAAUGGUUAUGCAUGCUUAAUUAGGUGUAAAAAUGACUAAACUGCUGUGAUUGCACUAGCUACAAAUGAUUACAUGUGGUUUAAGAUACUGUAAGCACAAACUUAAUAACAUAGCUUGUGUAUAUGUAUCUACAAAAUAAGGAUGCAAACUAGGCUUAAUUACUUAUAAAUCCUUUUAUUAAAGUACAAAUAAAAACAUAAUCAAAAAUCACCUAAAGCAAAGAAAAUCUAGGCACAUACAAAGGCAAUUAGAUCAUUAAACAAGCCUAACAGGAAAGAACACAAGCCUCCAAUCCCCAAACGUCUCUGAACCUGACAGGCUGCAAUUUUUUUUUUUAUUUAGACACCCUUGAAGUACACACUCACUGGCACAUGCACUCACAAAUUACUCCUUUUAUUUUAAAGGAACACUAUACAGUCAGGAACACGAACCUAGAUUCCUGGCCCUAAAGUUUUAAAACCACCAUCCGGCCCCCAUAAAUAUAGUAAAAUCUUACCUUAUUUUAGUCUGUUGCUAGCUCUGCCUACUUGGCUGACUUAAGUGGCUUACCCCACUGGAAAGCAUUGAAUUGGCUGAGCUUGUCAAGGAGGCAGAUCAGGGGCGGUCAGCUCAAGCCAAACACAGCCCUGGCCAAUCAGCAUCUCCUCCUAGAGAUGUAUCAGAUCAAUACACUUCUGAGGAAAGUUCAGUGUCUCUAUGCAGAGGGUGGAGACACUGAAUGGCAGUGUUGCAUACUGUGCAGCACUGCCUCAGGAGGCACCUCUACAUUACAGCCUAGGGACAGCUACUAAAUACUGCAUUUUCUCUGAAAACAAUGUUUACUGCAAAAAGCCUGAAGGGAAUGAUUAUACUAAACAGAACAAAUGCAACAAGCUGUAGUUUUUCUGGUGACUAGUGUCCCUUUAAUUUAAAUUCACUCAGCCUUGCUACCUUUGGGAGAGCUGUAAGUGUAUCAGAUUUCCCUGGGGCCCUAGAGUGCUGUCUUGUGAUAACCCAGCUCCUGGCAUCACUGGAGUGCCAGUGAGCAGAGCUGGGAGAUUACAGCUCGCUUGCUGCUGCUGUAGUAUUUGGUCAGCUGCCUGCCUUGCCUUCCACAGCUGUUCAUGAGCUGGCUGCCUGCCUGAGUUGUGUGAGCCGCCUGCCUCAGCCCUAUAUGAACCAAUUGCGUGCCUCCAAUCUCAGGCAGCCUGUCACAUUGGGGGCUGAAGGGGCUAACAAAUCCAAGGUGCAAGGACAAACAUGACAAAUUUCCUGGGGCCUGAGAAUUGUCAAACCCUGGACUAACCCUUUCUGAGGUGUGCUAAAACACUCCUGUUAACUUUUCAAGGUUCUACCUGAAGCCUGAUCCUCUAUGCCUGAUGCCACUCCUUCUCACUGGAGGGGAGGACAGAUUGAGCAGAGGAAAUAGAUGGCGCAGUGGUGGGGGCUAUGCUGCCAUUGGCUGUCUAACCCAUAGCAAGCUGGUACCAAUCUGUGUAGUGUUUAAGUGAGGCACUGCUGUCUCCAGACACCAUGACCACUUCAAAUUAAUUUGAUCACUCUAAUUACAGCUGCAUGUCUGCAUAAUAAACUCACAAGUAAAGUGUAGCUUGUUUUAGAAAAAAACCUGCAAAAGCCAUGGUACUGAGAACUUCAAUAAGAGCAGGCUGCAAAGAUAUAGAUGUGUGCUCACAAGACCUCAUAACCUUUAAUGCAACGAAGGUGGGCAGGUCUUGCAUUUGAUCAAUAAACCAUGUUACCAGGCCUGCUAUGUGAUCAGAUGACAUAGAGCAGUCACUGUAACUGGUUCUCAUACAGAAUGUGCACAAACUUAUAAAGUGUACUGAUCUGCUAAUCUUUUUGUUUUACAGAAACACCAUGCAGAAAACUAUUGCAAACGAUUCCCACGUUCUCAGCCAGAGGUAGUUGAAAUCUAGAUCAUCACUCCCACACUGUGCAAUGGGAAGUUAACUGGGCUCCUUCAAGAUUGCUUCUGGCUGCUAGUGGUUUUUAGUAGUGGUAUGCAAAACAUUCUUGCAUAAAUUCAGAUUAUCUCAACCAUGUUUUGUUAACCCAAUGCUCACUUAAAAGCUUAGGACUAUAGGUUGCUGAAGGUUAACAAAAAGCUUGUUGUUGGCACAUUGUAUUAAAGCCCUUAAAUAUUACAUUUCACUUGAUGACUGUAGUCUCUUUAAACAGGUGAAUUCUAGAAUACCUGAAACUACUAGAAUAGUUGAAAUUGUUGUAUAGUAAGCUUUUUUUUUUUUUUUUUUGUCAAGCUGUCUUCUUUUAGUUUCUUGAUUUAUCUCCGGAAUAACUUUAUUUCUUUUUAAAAUGGGGACCUCACCUGAAACUGUAUUGCAUGGUAGCGGUCACAAAGGAAGCAAAUUGCUACUUCCCUGAAAACUAGGGCUUGAGUUUGCAGUUUGAUCAGACUUUCAUUGGUGACUUGCACGUACUAAUGCUGCUUUAGGUAGACUCUGAAGCCCUCCAUGUCUUUGUGCUACCCUUACUGUCAGUUUUCUCCCAAACAGUCCUUUCAAUGUUAUAAGAGCAGGUUCACAAUCAGUGAAUGAUUUGUCAUCUUAUAACCUUUUGUUUUCAAGUUUGCUGUCUUCCAAGAAGCUAUUGAACACGUGGUAAUCUUUGACUCAGUAGAGACUCAUUAUUUUACCUAUACUUGUGACUUCACCAUCCUAUGUAGAUUUAAUAGACUAAUAUGCACUUCUGUCUUGGAGUGGAUAAGGUGGCUGUAUGUGGUGCUGCCCUGCCCCUUAACGGCAUUUCUCAAUUUGUAAAGUACCCUCAAGUCUAAUGAUGCCACUGCAUUCAUAACUUGGUGUGCAUAAAGAAUUGAGCACGUGUUAUAAUCUAUGAAGUGAUUGCUACUUUAAGGACACAUUCAUGUUAGUCUCUACAUAAUGACGAAUGGGUUAGAAUUAUGUAAGCUUAAAGGAACUCUAUAUGGUCAGGUAUACAAAGGUGAAUUCCUGACCCUAUAGCAUGAAAAACACUUUACUGGUGCAUGCAUGCAAAUAUCCUUAUAAAGAUGCACUGAAUCAGUGCAUCUCUAUGGAGAGCAUUCAGCAUCUACAUGUGUUCUGCACCUCUAGUGGCAGUCUAUUACUGCUUAGGGACAUCUCCAGUGGCAGUCAUUCAAACACUGUAUUUUCUCUGAAAAGGCAAUGUUUAUAUGAAAAUGCCUGCAGAGACAGAUUAUACACACCAGAACCAUAUUAAGUUGUAGUUCUGGUGACUAUAUUGUCCUUUUUACCAAACAGUUCAGUUCUUGCACUGGCUAGUGUGGCAGCAGCAGACAAGCCAGACAGAGGAUCCACCAGUCAAAUGUUUGUGGAACUGCUGAAUAAGCUAAUAGCAGUUCAUACAUUGCCCAGUUUAAACAGAAACCAGGCUGCAGUGACCGCUCUAGUCACCAACCAAGGCAUUGCUUUGGCUAAUGCUUGGCAGAGUUAAUGCAUGGCAUGCCCAUAUGCUGGGCAUUGCUGAUUCAUGGGUCCCUAUUCUAAGUGUGCUAAUUUGUUAGAAGCCACUGUUGUAAUUGACUCUAAAAGGAAAAGUUGUGGUGGUCAGACUGACUUUUGAAGUACAUGACAAAUAUUGGAAAGUGAACUACUACAUUCACAGGAAGAAAUAUUAAAUCAGAAAUUUGGUAUUGGUGUAGUUUAUUUCCUGUUAGUGUGCUUUUUUACCAUAUAGUGUUCCAGGUGUAUCUUGGUCUAAUAUAACCACUUAGAAAUAUAGGGUAGUAAUUGUGCACAUUAAUAAGAAAACAUAGCUUACAAAAACAAUGUAGUCUUGAGAUCUGACACAUCUUAAAAUAAGGAACAUUUUGCCUAGGCUUGUGGAAAUACGCUUUCCUCUGGUAUUACCUGUCCUCUCCAUCCAUCUUAAACAUUUUUUAAUUUAAUUGUUCAUCUAAAGUAGUUCUGGCAUGUGAAGUAAUGUCCAACUUCACUAUAACGUAAACAUACUUUGUGGGUGUAGUCUGGUAAAGGGUGCUUCUAACAUAAUGAAACUGAUUUUUAUAUUUUAAAAUGUUCACAUUUCCUUUUUGCAGAUGCAGACAAACGUAUUAAGGUGGCCAACCCAGUGGUUGAGAUGGAUGGUGAUGAGAUGACUCGUAUCAUCUGGGAGUUCAUCAAGGAAAAGGUAUGCUUGCAGAGUGCCCAAAUUUGUUUCAAAACCUAAUGUCUUAGAACUUUAUUUAAAAAAGCAUAUAAUGGUCUUCAUUCAUGAUCUAGGUAUAGAAAUGCACUGCUUCAGUAGCUGUUAAGUAAAGGGACAGAAAUCACCACACACUGUGCUUCUAGCAUAAAUUAAGGUUCUAUAAAGUACCAGUAUACCUGUAUAUUUUAGCUUAAGCAGCAGUUUGACACAUUGCAGAAGUAGUGUUCAUUAUGCUGUAACUAUUAUCUGUUUUACAUCAGAAAUUCUUAGGGAAAAGCCCAGACUUGGCCAGUUUAUUUUGAAAGACCUUACCUAAAAAUAUGUAGAUUAACAUGUUGGCUAUCCAAUAAAUAUAACUUAAUAGUGGCAUGUAAGGUUUUGGUCACUAUUUUUCUGGAAUACUCAACCUUACUGAAGGCUUUUUAAAUAUAAUUCGACAUGCAGUAUUUAGCCUUUUGUGGCCAUUGACUUUUUUAUUGUACAGACAAUUGAGUUCAUGUGGUUACUGGAAUAAACAUGUAAUAUUAUUCUGCAGCAUUGGAAGCUCUAUAGAACAAUGCUGUCACUGAAUGUAUUCAUGUCACCAUAGCUUUAAGUAGGUGUAUUCUACAAGGAGAUUUUAAUGGAUGACUUUCAUGCAUGGCAUGUGUUACAAAGCAAGAGGGCAGGUCUCAUUAUGCCACUGAGCGUUUGGUGCUUUUUAGUAUAAUUUCCAGGCUGACGAAGUUUUGAAUAUAUGCAUAUAAUAUCUACAAGUUGUAAUGUUUUUGCAACAUUUAGUUGUGAUCCUGCAUCUUUUUUAGCAUAGUUUUAUUUGUUUUUCCUAGAAAAAAAAACUACAGCUUCAUUUAAUACUGUCUUGCUUACAAGGCUAUUCACUAAAGUGUGAACUACUGUGAAACUUUAACUUUAAGCUCCAACAGUAAACUUGGAAAAAUUCCAAAAUGUAGCUAUGUCUUCGACCUUUUUGCCUAAAACACACAAUUCACGUUGAAUUCACUUUGAACAUCCAGCAAUCAACACUUGAGUGAUCUUCCUAAGUGGUUGUACAAUUCUUGGUACAGACCAUUCUAAACAUGUGGCUUCUAGUGAAGGAUGUUGCAUUUCUGCAGGACUUGGCAACCACACUACUUUCUGUAGGUCAUAUGGAUAGAAAAAAUAUAGAUGCAGUCUGUCCAAAGCAAUGGCAAACUACUACCAUGAAUUGCAGGGGUGUGUAUUUCUGAUCUCACCUUAGAUUUUGCACUUUCUUUUUAGUUGAUCUUAUCCAAUGUAGACGUGGAUUUGAAGUACUAUGAUCUUGGGCUUCCAUAUCGUGACCAAACAAGUGACCAGGUCACAAUAGACUCUGCUCUGGCAACUCAGAAAUACAAUGUUGCUGUGAAAUGUGCCACAAUUACACCAGACGAGGCUCGAGUAGAAGGUAUGUGCACAGUUAAAACUUUAAAGAGUAGGUAGUUGUAUGUAUUUUUCUAGUUCUAAAGUGCAGUUCUAAAGCGCUUAAGUGACUAGCCUACUAGCAUCGGGCAAGUAGUUAAUAUAACUCUCAGCGGCACUAGGGUUAACACCAGCCAUGUGGAAGCUAACACUAGGUAGCUAUCCACCACAUAAAUGUGAAAAGGCAUAUGGGGUUCAACGUGAUUUCCUUGUUGCCAUAAUGGUGCAUGUGGGGGUCAUGUAUUCAAAACAUAGAAGUCUGCGUAUCAAUCUGUAUCUACAAUAAUGUAGAUGCAUAGCUCCUGCAGGGCGACAGCUUGUGAACGAAGAUGCUAUAUAACAGGGCCUCUCCUUGAUCGAAUAUUCAAAAUUAAUACUUGCACAUUGUAGCAUGUUGUAUCUGGAGUUUGAAUAUAGCAGAAAAUACUGCUUGUAUUCUCAGUUAUUGAACUUAUUUGCCUCAAAUUUAUUACAAUAGUGUCAAAGCAUAUUCUUAAUAUCUUCAAUUAUUGCAUAAUAAAUACACUUGCUUGGUUCAUUAGAGUUUAAGCUGAAGAAGAUGUGGAAGAGUCCCAAUGGCACGAUCAGGAACAUCCUGGGUGGAACAGUCUUCCGUGAACCUAUUAUUUGUAAGAACAUUCCUCGCCUGGUUCCUGGAUGGACACAAGCAAUCACAAUUGGCAGACAUGCCUUUGGUGACCAGGUAGACUUACAUGUUUACAAUGUUAUAAUAGGCUUGUAACAUAGUUACAAUGUUAGCAUUUACAUGUCCUGUGUUAAUAUUCUAAAGGUUGACUUUUCUCUACAUUACUUCAGUACAAAGCAACAGACUUUGUUGUAGAUCAGGCUGGCACAUUCAAGAUGGUUUUUUCACCUGCUGAUGGCUCUGCUGCUAAGGAGUGGGAAGUAUUCAAAUUUCCAGCAGGAGGCGUUGGAAUGGGAAUGUACAACACAGAUGAGGUGAGAACUGCAUGCACUGGCUUGUCUGUCCUGUUCAUUCAAUAUAUGUGCAGUUUAAGGCCUUUUCUAUGCAUAGUAAACCAGUCUUUCAACUGCCUUGGUUACUAACCUGACACAUAGAAGUUUGGAAACUAACAACAAACUAGUCAGCAAUGUUCACAAUUAAGCAUUCAUUGAUCUUUUUUUUUUUUUUUUUUUGGUGGGUUGUUGUUGUAGUCAAUCAGUGGAUUUGCACACAGCUGCUUUCAGUAUGCAAUUCAGAAGAAAUGGCCACUUUACAUGAGCACAAAGAACACCAUUUUGAAGGCAUAUGAUGGCAGGUUUAAGGACAUCUUCCAGGAAAUCUUUGAGCAGUAAGUCUUUACUCUGGAAUAAUGCAUGUGGAUUUGGAGCUCAAUAUUGAACUACAUAUGGUAGUCAUUCUGUUGACAAUCUCCAUUCUGCUAACUCAAAGCUGUGGAAAAGGAGUAUAUGUAAUUAUGAAAAUGCUGUCUCGCUCUGAACAAUUUCCGCUUCCUAUAGUAUGCAUUUGGUUGUUGGCUAUGGAAGCUUCCAAAGUAGUCAACCACCAGAAGACAAAUGCCUACAUGCAUUACAUGGCAGUUAAAAUGUUUCCUGGACACUCUGCAGCAUGGACAUUCUAUGGAAGUAUGUUUCUAUUGGUCUGAAUUUGUAUUUAAGCGGACAGUCAGAUUGUUUUGGAGUGUAGCAAGAUUGUCGAACUGAAUCGUACAGAAUAUCACACUGGUGAAUUCAACACCAGAUAUCAAAUCUAACAGAUCAAGUUAGAAACUCCUGAUACACAUUUUAAAUUUUUUAUAUAUUUUUUUGCUCCAUCUGGCUUUUAUCUUAACUGUCCAAUAGGAUUGGCAAGUAUGAUGCCAGUUAUAACAAUGUUAUUACAGAAUGUGACUUGUCUUUUAGGGGCUACAAACCAGAAUUCGACAAAUUGAAGAUCUGGUAUGAACACAGACUGAUUGAUGACAUGGUGGCACAAGUUCUGAAAUCAUCUGGAGGAUUUGUCUGGGCCUGCAAGAACUACGAUGGUGAUGUUCAGUCUGACAUUCUUGCUCAGGGUAAGCUUGAUAUCAGUGGUGCUAGACAAUACUGUCCAAUUCAUUACUACUAAAGUUAAGGUUCAUUUAAAAAGCUGGUAACACAGCAUGUAAUGCAAUAAAGCACCUUCUAGCCACACGGCUGAAUUUGAUGGGAUUAGUUUUACUUUAAUUGCCCAUCUUUACUUGACAAUUCCUGAAAGUCCUGUCACUUGAGUCUACUUUAGCCACACUAGGAAUUCAUUUCAUGACUGUUCCAGGGCUUGCUUAAGAUGACUGGCAGGUCUGUUCUGAAAUCAACUUACAAAAUAUUUAAACACUAUCUCAAUGUGAAUAGAGCCUGGUUUGAAAAUUAACUUGUCACACGCAUAGCAUGUCUUGCAUUCACUAUGAAAUGAACACAAAUAUAGACAGAUGGCAACAGGUGCUGCAAAUAACAUGGAAAGCAAAUCUGGCACUGCAUAAAUGGGAUAGGAAAGGUUUGUGGUGCUUUUGUUUUGUGGGUUAUUUUUAUAUUUAAAGAAAAUCUAAUUUUUUGAGUACUGGUCUGUUAUCUCAUUUAAAAGAUGGUGAUGACACGUUACUCUGCCAUUUCAGGUUUUGGUUCCCUUGGUCUCAUGACAUCAGUUCUGGUUUGCCCAGAUGGAAAGACUAUUGAAGCUGAAGCAGCUCAUGGAACAGUAACUCGUCACUACAGGGAACACCAGAAGGUAUGGCAAUUAGUCCAGCAUGGCCACCAUGACACAACACCCUGCAAGCUCAUGCUUUAUAAGGUUUUCUACUUGGAACAUUCUUCAGUUUGCUUUAAACUGUUCAAAAUAAACGUAUUCCUACCAUGGAUCAAAACUAGCUGCCUUGAUAUUGGUCUGCAUAAGCUUCUUUUAAUAAAGAAUUGGGACCCCUCUUAACUAUUGAAUUCAGGUGUUUCAAUCACAUUGCCGCAGGUGUACAAAAUCAAGCACCUAUCCAUGCAGUCUGCAGUUACAAACAUUUGAAGGACAAUGGGUAAUUCUGAGAUUGUUGAAUUCAAGUGUUGUACUGUGAUAGAAUGCCACAUUUGCAAAAAUAACUUUGUGAAAUGUCCUGGCUAGAUAUUCCAGUCAACAGUAAGGAGUAUUACACAACUCUUCAUGGUUUCUUUGAAAAGUCAUAUCAGACUGAUCUGAACAGCUGCAGUUCAGAUUACGUAAAAUAAAAUAUAUAGAAGAUCAUGUGAUUUGUCACAAGAGAUGGACACAACAGGGCAACUCCUAAAUGCUUUUAGGUACAGCUCAGUUUCCAUGUGGUGGAGUGCACCUUUAGCAACUUAGACUGCAGAUUAUGAUCGUCACAGAACUACAAUGCACAUCCUGGAAAUGUACAAUAAAAAUCAGUCUUUCAACCAAUCUCCAUUGACUGACUUUAUUAACAUUAAGUUGUUUUUUUUUUGUAUUGUCAUGGCAAAAUAGCAUGGCCAGCACAAGCCAAACACAGCCCUGGCCAGUCUGCAUCUCAUAGAUUCAUUGAUUCAAUGCAUCUGAGGAAAGUUCAGUGUUUCCAUGCAGAGGGUGGAGACACUGUCAGUGCUAGUGCUCAUGCUCCAGGAAGCUCCUCUAGCAGCUAUCUGAGUGGCCAGUGGGUGUAUUACUUUUCUCUGAAAAGGCAGUGUCUACUGCAAUAAUCAGAGGGACUGAUUAUACUCACAAGAACAAAUAUAAACUGUAGUUCUGGUGACUAGUGUCCUUUUAAAGUAUGACGACUGAGCAGUAAAUUAUAAGGGUUUGUCUUUGUGCCUUGGCCUCAGAAUCGGUAUUUAAGAAAAGUCUUUAAACAAGUUAAACAUGCAUCUCUUCCUCAUUAUCCUGUAUUGCUGUAACCACUCUUUUAAUUAACCUGGCUACUUCUAGCUUAUUUUGCAUUUAGUGUUCACAUUUGCAUUUCUAUUAGGGUCGGCCAACAAGUACAAAUCCCAUUGCCAGCAUCUUCGCAUGGACAAGAGGCUUGGAACACAGAGGCAAGCUUGAUGGAAAUCCAGACCUGAUCAAGUAAGUGGGGUUUUUUCCCCUCCAACUCUAAGUGCUUAUAUGCUGAAAUAUGCAGUGCAGGCCUUGGACAUCCAGGCAUCAAAGACUGUCAUGUAUUCAGUUCAACGGAGCAUCAGAAAAAUAAUGUAAUAUAGUACUAACUCACAAUUACAAUGUUAAUUGUAUUAAGGGGUAAAGUGGCAAUGCAAAGUCCAAAAUACUGCUCUAAAUAGACCUUAGCAGUUAAAUACUAUCUGCAUUACAUAUGCAGACCCUGAUGUUCAAACAUGUUGUAGUGCUGCUCUUAUCACAAACAUUUGCAGCAAUGUGAAAGUGCUUAUCUUACAGUGAAAUUUGUUCCCCAGAUUCUCCCAAACGCUAGAGAAGGUUUGUGUGGAGACUGUUGAAAGCGGUGUCAUGACAAAAGACUUGGCAGGAUGUAUUCACGGAGGCUUCAGCAAGUAAGUACUCAAGCAUUCUAAGGCUGUUCUUUGUAAACCUAACGUUACAAAAUACAUCUUGCUACCUGUGACAAUUAAAUGCCAAACUAGUUCUGUGAGAUCACUGCUUGCAUGCUACAUUGCUGAGUUUGCCCUCUUGUAGACUCAAAGCAAAUAUGCCAUUACUAAAAGCAGACCAUCUCGGUCACUGGUAACACAUGUAGCAAAGCCAGAAGCUGUAAGAUGGGGCUUAUUUUAAAUGUCACUUUACACCACCCACAGUUAAUGAAACCUAAUGUAAGCACGUUAUCUGCCCAAAUGUCCUGUUAAAUGAUGCAAACAUUUCUUUGAGCCAGUAAUUUUGUAUAAUUACCGGUUGGCUUUCUUUGACCUGGCUGAGAAGUAGAGCCAAGAAUUGUAGAGGCUUGCAGUAAAGAUGGUAUAGGAAAUGGGCCUAGCGAGUAGAGCUAAACGGAUAUAUCAAGGUAUUUACAGCUAGGAGUAGUUGGCAUGGGGGUAGUGGGAGGGGACAAGAAACAGUCAACUAUAAUUUUGCCAAUCAAAUCUUAACAGCCAGAUUAUUAAAUGCAUGUGGCUUCAAGUACAAGAUACUACAGUAGUACAGUAUAGAUAAAAAAUGAAAAGAUUAAAAAUAAGUAAUCUAGUGGCAAAGGUGAGAGAAGUCGGGUGGAGCAUCUUCUGAAUUUCAAUUUGUACCUUAAAGUUGUAGCGUUCAAUUGUAGAGAUGGUAUGGGAAAUGGGCCAUACCAUUACAUUGCAGCUCUAAGUCUGCCCUCAGUGGCUUUCUAACAGACAGCCACUAGAUGGCUUCCUGAAUCAUAAUGGACUUCUAGUUUGGUAUCUGUCACUGGACGUCCUUGUGCUUUGCAUGAGUACUUCCAGCGUCAGAUUUUUUUUUUCCCCAUUGGAAAGCAUUUAUUCAAUGCUUUCCCAUGGGGAGGUAUAAUGCGUGCAUGGCACUUGAUGCGCAUGUGCGUUAGACCUCACUUGUCGAGGGACUGAAGGGGCAGAGCAUUGGCACUUGAAAAUAUUUUUAACACUUUAUUUACUGGGCAGGGGGAGCAGUAGUGCCAGGAAUAAAAUUGUAUUCUUGGCACUACAGUAUCCUUUAAACUUUGAAUCUUAUCUGUACCCUAUCUUGCCUGGUAUCUACAUGGCUGUAUGAGCCACAGAAAAUGGUGCAAAAAGCUACGAUUAUUCAAGAAUAGGUUUUGGUAUUCAAAACGACCUGACCAGUUUUAUUCCGGGUAUAUGGGAACUUCUAAGUGCAAUAACACAUCUCACAGGACUUAAACUGAAGUUUUUCUGCUGUUUAGGUUUGCUUACUACAUGUGUAAAACUUGAAUACUGGCCAUCAUAAUAAAGUGGUUAAUGUAUGGCAAGCAUAGCUAUUGCUUUUUUUGCAAAAAUAAUUCUCACAGCACUGACAAAUCUUAAUGCAAUUAAGCCAAUAUUUCAUUAACUGUUGAAAUAACAUGGCACACAUUCUGGAAUACUGACUUUUUGAUUGUCAGAUUGUCUUUAUAGUGUAGGAAUGUCUUCAGUUUCCUACACAAAGCUGACAUGCUAGAAUUUGUGCAGAUAUAUAAUGUAUAUGUAUUGCACUAAUCAAACGCUCUGCAAAUUCUAGUAAAAUGUAUACUUGUUGUUUUUUUUAGUGUCCGGCUCAACGAACAUUAUGUCAACACAACAGACUUCCUGGAUGCCAUUAAGAACAACCUUGACAAAGCUCUUGGAAAGAAUUAAUGCAAAUCUGUAGUUUGAUGGCCAGUUUUUACCUCAUUUUUAACCUUUUUCAAGAUAGGAAACCACGAGUGGUUCAAACAAACUUUUUAACCCAUUAAAUGCUGGUAUUUUUAGAAGACUUCAAAACAGCAGAAAAAUGGGGGACAGGUCUGUAGCAUCACCUGUUUAGUGCUGGACCUCAACUUGCUGCACCUACUGUCAUCUUCCUGUGAUGGUGCAAUGUGUAUAGAAAUAAAACAUUGACAAACUCCUACCCUGAUAAGUGUUGGCAUUUUCUUUAAUGUAUUCUGUUCUCUUUAAUAGGAAAUCGG